AUGGAAGGUGGAUUUAUGGAUUUAUACGUCCCACCUUACGGGCCUCCUUCUGCAUUCAUGAGCACUUACGGUUCCUCGUCGUCUCACGACCAUCCCACCUCACCUACGAGCACAAAAAAAGCCAGUCAGGUGUCCUUGCCAAAGCCUCCAACUUUUGCAUCACGGCAUGGUCGACGAUUUCAUGGCGAUGAAUCAAUACCUUAUUACUUGCCCUGUGAUGUACAAGAACUGAGCCGACAGUCUUUAUUCCAUGAGGUCCAACGUGAAGUAUAUGGGGGGUUAUAUUGCGCAGAAUUUAGCGAUAAUAACAUUCCGUGCAAAGUUCUAGAGCUUUGCUGUGGUACAGCGAUAUGGAGUGCAAGUGUGGCAGAUGAAUUUGCAGCCCGGGGAAGACCAGACGUUCAGUUCGUUGGUUUAGAUAUUGUUCCGGUGCACGCGGAUAUGAAGGGAGUCAACUUUACAUUCGUCAAGCAUAAUUUUCAAGUGUUACCACUUCCUUUUGCAGACGGAGAGUUUGAUUACGUCUUUGGCCGGGAAAUUUCAAUGGCCACACCCAUUAGUGAUGCAAAGCAGAUGACUGAGUGUGUACGAAUCCUCAAACCAGGGGGGACCCUUGAGAUUCAGUGUUCGGAUUAUUCCAUUCGAUCGCUACAGCGAUCCCAUAUUACCUCCUAUACUCCUGGUUCCAGUGCAUACACGAUGGUACCAACCACCCAAUUUGCGAGCACCGCCGAAAACGCAUACAUCCACGCCUGGAACGAGCGGAUAACAAAGAUGCUGACGAAGAACAAUCUAUCGCCGGUGCCCUGUACACUUAUCGGCCCUCAACUUUUGAUGGAAGAGGAAAUCGUAGGAUUGCAAUCGAAACGGGUAGCUCUACCGCUAGACGAGAUAUGGUGGGAAAGUCCCAACUCGGAUUCAAAAGCACCGCAUCUCACACGGGAGAAACGGAUCAGCGCGGAUGCUGCCAGCAUCGAAAGUAGAUCCGGAAUUAACCGAAAAAGUAGUCAGUCGGCCACACGGCGUUCUUCGACAUCUUCAGGAUCCCUUCAGUCGCCAUUGACUGCCUCAGAAAAAGCUGUAAGAAAUCUGGCAAAAUUGACGUUUGCCCAAUUAAUUGAGUCACUUGAGCCUGUACUACGAGAAACAAACGGAAUCCGGCAGGAUGACUGGGAUAAUUGGUACAAAGAGCUCAUGGUUGAUUUCUUUGAAAAUGGAGGACUGACGGGAGGGGAGUGUAUGGAAUUUGGGGCCUGGUGGGGAGUAAAAUCAAAGUCGAGCUAG